AUGCGGUCUCAGAGGCCCUCAACCAAGAGGUUGAGGACCUUAAAGCUAGAAGUCGCGUCAAUGAAGAAGGACCUGAAAAUUCAGUCCACCGCUCUAAUAUCUUCCGAACCCAUACGCAAAGCUCUCCGUCAAACCGACCAUAGUCGAGGCGCCCUUGCGCUCCCAUCCGAAUCGAAUCCGAACCGCGAAAAGAUACUCUCGAGAUCGAAAGCUCAGGAUGCACACGACCAACAUUGCCUGUACCGAACCUGCGCUACAGUCACAACCUUCAAGGUCCAGGACCCAGACCCUAACGCCGUUGAUCACGGAAAUGUUCUUGGAAUCAGGAUCGAACUAAUGGCCGACGCGCGUUUCCGACGACCAUUCUAUGUCAUGCUCAACCGGCCCUACAAAAACUCGCGACACCUGCGAGUACAUCGUCACACAGUUCCCCCUUGCAUUCCACUUGCCGGACUUGCUGCACGGCACUUGCCUGCCCCGAAGCCGGCUGAUGCAGUGAAACAGACGACGCAAGACUUGUCUCGAUUUGUUCGGACGCUAAGGAGGGAAAUCAGCAGGUACCACAACCGGAUUGCAGUCAUAGGCGACCUUCAGAGGGCUGCCGGCUUGCGUGGAGGUGCACGAAAGGAUGGGGAGUCGGAGCAGGCGGUCGUCAGUAUCUCCGCUGCGGACGCCGAAGCGAAGCAGAUAAGCAUCGAGUGGGCCGAUGGUAGAUCAGGUAGACUGGUCAUGAGUGAAGACGGCCAAAUCCAGAAAGCUGUCGUUCUUGGGAACGGCGGGCGGGAUCGUGAGGUCACAAGAGAAUUGCUUGGCGACAGUCACCGCGUGGAAGACGUUGCGAAGCGUUUGGCAGGAACAUAG